ACGUGUGGUGUAUUCAGUUGCUCCUCCUGCUGCUGCUGCUGCUGGGAGCAAGGAGGUAGGUGCAAGACGAAGAAGGGCACGCUGACUCUCCUCCUGAGCUGUAGAUUUAGGAUCGGACGGCCAGAGCUAGCUACCUCGCUCUUUCUUCGCAGUUGCAGCGGGGACCGAUUCAGAUCUCGUUUGGCGGCGGCGACGACGACGUCGAGAAUCGGCGCGCGCGCAGGCCAUGGCCAUGGACACCCCCAAGGCCAAGGAGGCAGCAUGGAACGCCAACUACGGCGUCGUCGGCAGCGGGGACCGCCGACUGGCCUUCUCCCGCCAGCUCUCCCUGGUCUCCUCCAACGCCAACGCCGCCACGCCGCGCCUCGCCCGCUCCGACUCCUCCAUCUCCAUGCCCCCCCAACUCGGACUCGGCGCCCCGCCACCCAAGCCCAAGAAGCUCCUCUACCUCGGCAGCCGCCCCAUGCGCCGUCUGGCCCUCCUCCUCGCCCUCAACGUCGCCUACUCCGCCACCGAGCUCGCCAUCGGGCUAUUCACCGGACGCGUAGGUUUAGUUUCAGAUGCUUUCCAUUUGACGUUUGGAUGUGGCUUGUUAACUUUCUCAUUGUUUGCUAUGUCUGCCUCCCGAACCAAGCCUGAUAAUCUCUACACCUAUGGGUACAAGAGAUUGGAGGUCCUGGCUGCCUUUACAAAUGCUCUGUUUCUGUUGUUCCUGUGUUUCUCUUUGGCUGUCGAAGCAUUGCACGCAUUUAUGCAAGAUGAAUCGGAGCACAAGCAUUAUCUCAUUGUUUCUGCUGUCACCAACCUUUUGGUUAACUUACUUGGCGUCUGGUUCUUUCGGAGCUAUGCUCGUGUUAACAUAGUUUACAGGAAUGCAGAGGAUAUGAAUUACCACUCUGUCUGUUUGCAUGUUCUGGCAGAUUCGAUACGGAGUGCAGGCUUGAUACUGGCUUCUUGGUUUCUUUCAUUGGGGGUUGAGAACGCAGAAGUUUUGUGCCUGGGUAUUGUUUCAGUUGCAGUGUUCAUGCUUGUUUUGCCACUAUUUAAAGCUACUGGUAAUAUCCUACUGCAAAUUGCACCUGGCAACGUGCCACCUUCGGCCUUUCUGAAGUGCUGCAGACAGAUUACUGCUUGUGAGGAUGUUUGUGAGGUACGCCAAGGUAGAUUCUGGGAGCUUGUACCUGGUCAUGCUGUUGGUUCUCUGUCCAUUCGGGUGAAGAAUGGCGCUGAUGAUGAGUCGGUCCUUGAAUACGUGCAUGGCCUAUAUCAAGAUUUGGGCAUACAGGAUUUGAGCAUCCAAGCUGAUGACUUGUAGUUGCGGAUCCCCGUUAUAGUGGAAAAGAGGGCUAGAUUAGGCCAAAUUCUUGGAACUGUUACGUGUAUAUUAUAGGACUGAAUGAACUACUCAAUUGCAGCGGCUGCAGAAAAGAAGGGAGAUUACGGUUGCAGUGUG